AUGGAUGUGUCCGAGGCUCAAGCACAACCUGUUCUGAAACCACAGUUGGUGACUGUUGAGAAACAAACCGUCGCUCAGCCAACAAUGCCACAAGGCCCUUCAGUCGAGGCCGCCACCCCAGCACAGGUGCCCCAACUGCCAUCCGCAGUGCAAAGACAUGACGAGGCUAGAGUUCCUGUGGAUGAGGAGCUUUUCGUAGCGCCGCUCUUUUCGAAACCACAGUCGAAGACUGCUAUCAGCACUGUCGCGGUCAACGAAUCCCCUGGGUCGCAAGAUAAGUGGGCGAAAAAGCCUGCAGUCGAUUAUUCCGGAGACGAUUGGGGUGAUGACCCGUGGGACUACCAAUGA